AUGGAAUGGUUUGAUCGGAUCAUUUCCCUGGACUCCGACCACGUGGAAGCGAUCUCGAACUUGGCGGCCACACUCUAUUGUCUGAAUCGACAGGAGGAGGCUGAGGAAUACUGGCUGAAGGCUAUCAAAGCUAGACCGCAGUAUUUGGAGGCAGUUGAGCAUCUGGUCGGCCUUCUCUACAAGAAGAAGAGCCUUGACGCCGUCGAAGUCAUCAGUUUCGUCCAGAAGGCUCUACAGCUUCCAACAAGCCAGUCCGAGUCUGUCGGGUCCGCUGCCGCUACGUCACUUGCAGCUGUCUUAGAUGAGAAUCUCCCGCAGCCCGGCUUUGGCUCAAGCGGAUACGCGAUUCCAGGGAGUGAGAACGGUCGUAUUCUCGCCCUUGUCCACGCCAAGGGGACAAUGUUGUAUAGCAUGAAGGACAUUCCGGGGGCAUCCAAAGCCUUCGAAGAAGCAGUCCUAAUCAGCACGGGAAGGCGCACAUCCUCAAUUCAGACACUUGUGCGGCAAAUCCAGCAGGUACUUUCUCCCGGUAGUGGACUACGGAAUGUAUCUGGAACGGCGACCCCUGUACGACCAUUGCUGCUACCUCCUGAAAAGGCGAGAUGUACUGCAAAAUUGGUAUUCUCUGGAAACGGCGAACUUCCGGGGCUUCGAUUUGUGCCAGACGGUGGUCCGAAAAGGGCAGCCGUCCAAACCACAAGCAACUCGCUCCUCUCCCUCGCCAAGAUCUUUCAGGAUGCCAUGUCAUCCGGCACUUCGUCUAAUGGACUAAUGCGGAAACCUACUGGUGUUGGUGACAUUCUAGCGCUCUACUAUCUAUCCUUAUCUCUCCAAGAGAGCCCCUCGACGGCCAACAACGUCGGAAUCCUUCUUGCGAGCGUUCAGCAGCCUGCCGCAGCCAUGUCACCUGGAACUCUAUCGACGCAACCCAACAUUCCCGGCAUCCCCCCUGGCAGUGGACUAGCCCUGGCUCUCGCUUACUACAACUACGGCCUGCUACUGGAUCCGAAACAUGUCCAUCUGCAUACGAAUCUCGGAAGCCUUCUGAAGGACAUUGGCCAGCUUGAUCUGGCUAUUCAGAUGUACGAGCAAGCUGUUCAGUGUGAUGGCAACUUCGAUAUCGCCUUGACGAACCUCGCAAACGCCGUGAAGGACCGCGGACGCGUCAACGACGCUAUUACAUACUAUAAGCGAGCUGUUAACUCCAAUCCCGAGUUUGCUGAAGCUGUGUGUGGGCUCUCCACCGCCCUCAAUUCAGUUUGUGACUGGAGAGGCCGAGGGGGCGCGCUCGUUCAAGGAGGCGACUUCGACCGCUGGCACGUCGACGAUGACGGCAUGUUGGUGGACGCACGCCUACAAGGUCGAUUUACUGGUCUUACCAAGAAGGUCAUCGACAUUGUGGCCCGUCAGCUCGAGGACGCAUCGACGUGGGGUUCAGGGGCGCUAUGCGAAAGCGAUAUACUUCCUCUCGCUGUACAGCUUCAAUCGAUCGACCCCGACUUGAAGGAUACCUCACCUGAUUUGGCGGGAAAACUUCGAACAUGGACAAAAAGCCCAUGGGAAGGAUCUCGGGUGUUGAGGCUGGUGGAGCGAGCCACGCGGGCUUCCAUGCGACGAUGGUACUGUGACAAAUACGUUCGAGGUGUAGUCAACGGUUCCAAGUAUGAGCGACCGCGCUUGCCAGCCAACUUGACCGUGCCCUCGGCUCCUACUGUCCUACCUUUCCAUACCUUUACGUGCCCCUUGACAGCGAAAGACAUUCGCAUGAUAUCACAGCGCAAUGCCUUCAGGAUCUCAUGCUCAACACUACGAUCACCAUGGCUGCCAAACACCGUGUACCCGCCACCUCGACCUCCUUCGCCGCAUCUUAAUGUUGGUUACGUGUCGUCGGACUUCAACAACCAUCCUCUGGCGCACUUAAUGCAGUCUGUCUUCGGCUUCCAUGACAGGAACCGGGUAAAGGCAUUUUGCUAUGCUACCACAGCAAGUGACAAAUCAGUGCAUCGUUUACAGAUCGAACGAGAAGCGCCAGUCUUCAGGGACGCGAGCAAUUGGUCUUCAGACAGGCUCGUGGAGCAAAUAGUCCGAGAUGAGAUUCACAUCCUUGUGAAUCUUAAUGGAUACACGAGGGGCGCUCGGAAUGAGAUAUUCGCUGCAAGACCAGCCCCAAUUCAAAUGUCUUUCAUGGGCUUCGCUGGUACACUGGGCGCUGAGUGGUGCGAUUAUCUCCUCGCAGACACCACUGCAAUUCCCCUGGACACGUUACGCCCCUGGCGUGGAAACUUGACCAUCCAUGACGUGUUCAGAGACAACACAGAAGAAGAAGUAGGUGACUGGGUUUACUCAGAGAACAUUAUCUUCUGUAGAGAUACUUUCUUUUGCUGCGACCAUGCGCAGUCGAGUGAUCCAGACGAGCACAAGGUCUCAUGGGAGGAUGAGCAACGCCGGAGAUGGAAGAUGCGCAAAGAGUUGUUCCCAAAUUUGCCCGACGAUGCAAUCAUUUUAGGGAAUUUCAACCAGCUGUAUAAGAUUGAUCCUACUACCUUUCGGACGUGGCUGCGGAUCCUUUCCCAGGUGCCCAAAGCGAUUCUUUGGUUGCUUCGGUUUCCUGAACUAGGCGAGACCAACCUACGGAGAACAGCAAAAGCUUGGGCCGGCGAUGAGGUCGCCAGCCGCAUCAUCUUUACAGACGUGGCGCCCAAGAAUCAACAUAUUUCGCGGGCCCGUGUUUGUGAUUUGUUUCUCGACACGCCGGAAUGUAAUGCUCACACGACGGCAGCGGACGUUUUAUGGUCCAGCUCUCCACUCCUGACCCUCCCUCGGUAUCCCUACAAGAUGUGUUCUCGGAUGGCCGCCUCUAUUCUGAAGGGUGCUUUGCCGAGAAGUCCUUCGGGACUGGAGGCAGCGAACGACCUCAUUGCCAGCAGUGAGGAAGAAUACGAGGCGUUCGCAAUCAAACUAGCCAACGGCCUCUCGUAUCAGGUUGUCCCUGGAGGUUAUGGCGAGGGAAGCGGUCGACUAGCAACAUUACGCAAGCUGCUGUGGGACAGCAAAUGGACUUGCGCCCUUUUCAACACCAGGCGAUGGGUAGCCGACCUGGAGCGCGCUUACGAUGAAGCGUGGAGACGCUGGGUUGCUGGUGAAGCCGGUGAUAUUUACCUGUAG